GAAGUCCACAGAGACAGAGCAGGCCUCAGGGCAGGUCAGCUAGCUCUAUCACACACCAGCUCGUUUAAUCGAAGGACUACAUUAUCUGUGUAUAUAAAUAUAUAAGGAACAAUACGACUGGACAACUGAACUCUUUAAAAUGGAAACCACAUCCUCACUUAUUAAAUCGGUGUCUCGGCGUGUGUGGUCCGCACCUCAGAGACCUUUUAGAGUUUGCUCAUCGAACAGGGAGAUCAGGAAGGGGCUCACCGCGUCAAGCUUAGAGGAGCUGAAAGAGAAGGCUGCCCACACUCUGCUCAUUUCUAUCCUGCUGUCUCUGGUGUGUGAGGAAGAUGGCACUGAAGUGGACUCGGAUGAGUUUCUCAUGACCCUGCCAGACAACACAGUGCUCAUGGCCUUGGAGCCAGGACAGACCUGGAGACCACAUCCUCUAGCCAAGAGAGGCAGCAGCAUCAAACCAGCUGACAACAAACCCCGCACUGGUCGUGACAUCGCCAGAGUGACCUUUGACCUUUAUCGUCUGAACCCUAAGGACAUUUUUGGCUCUUUAAAUGUGAAGGCAACAUUCCAAGGUCUAUACUCGGUCAGUGCAGAUUUCCAGUGUCUGGGGCCAAAGAAGGUACUCAGAGAGGCCCUGAGGAUGAUCUCCACCAUACUCCAGGCAGCGGGUCACAUGUUACUCACGUCUGCCACUGUGAUUCGGCGGAUCAUACAAGGAGCAGACUAUCUGGAAGCUCACGGUACUCGUGAGAUUCAGACCGAGUACUGGAACUGACCUGCUGUGUGAGGCUUGGUGAAAAAAAUGCUUUGUAAAAUGCAACCUAUAUUAACAAUUCUUACAGCAUUCUUUGUUGUCCGGCAAUUCAGCCAUGAGUAAUACAGUAGAAAGUGAAGAGGAGGCAGUCUAUUAAAUCAGUGUGAUGUAUAAUAUAGUAAUGGAAUGUGUAACGCUGAUAUUAAAGAAGCCUGCAAUAUGUAAAUGAGUUAUCUAACAAACUAAGUUUUUAUUGGUGUUUUGGGUUAAUAAAAAUAUUUCUCAGUCAGUCUGUAACUCUUCCACAUCACAGCUUCAUUGGUAUAUUGUGAUGGCACUAUAGAGCGAU